AGGCCACGCCCCCUGGGGCUCCUCCCACAGCGCGCGGCCUGGAGAAGUCGGCUGUGACCUAGUUCACCUGAGCCCCGAAGAGGACAUGGUGACGGGGUCACGGGGAGCCGCCAGGCAGGACCAAAGCCUUCAUGCGCGUCGAGGAGCAGAUCCGGCCCCGCGCACGCGAGCCCUUGCGAUCCCAGACGAAGCCGAGGUGCGUCUGGUGCUGUCUUUAGCCCAGUGAAGAGCCCUGGAGCCUGGGCAGUCAUGGGAGAGGCCAGCAGAGAGGAGUAUAAAAUCCAGUCUUUUGAUGCAGAGACCCAACACCUGCUGAAGACGGCACUCAAAGAUCCAGGUGCUGUGGACUUGGAGAAAGUGGCCAAUGUGAUUGUGGACCAUUCUCUGCAGGACUGUGUGUUCAGCAAGGAAGCAGGACGCAUGUGCUACGCCAUCAUCCAGGCAGAGUGUAAACAAGCAGGCCAGAAUGUCUUCCGGCGUGGACUCCUCAACCGGCUGCAGCAGGAGUACCAGGCCCGGGCGCAGCUGCGAGCACACUCCCUGCAGGGCUGGGUCUGCUAUGUCACCUUUAUCUGCAACAUCUUUGACAACCUAAGGGUGAACAACAUGCCUAUGAUGGCCCUAGUGAACCCCGUCUACGACUGUCUCUUCCGGCUGGCCCAGCCUGACAGUCUGAGCCAGGAAGAGGAGGUGGACUGCCUAGUGCUGCAGCUGCACCGAGUCGGGGAGCAGCUGGAGAAGAUGAAUGGGCAGCGCAUGGAUGAGCUCUUUGUGCUCAUCCGGGACGGCUUCCUGCUCCCUUCGGGUCUCAGCUCCCUGGCCCAGCUGCUGUUGCUGGAGAUCAUCGAGUUCCGGGCCGCCGGCUGGAAGACCACCCCUGCCGCCCACAAGUACUACUACAGUGAGGUUUCUGACUAGGCUCAGAUCCGUACUUCCUCAUGGUAGCACCAGCUUUUCUGGGACCUUCCUUCCAGGCUGGCACCAGAGUCCUGCCUUUCUCAAAGUCCCUUCUAGCAUUUUCCACCAGCUGUGGUUCUACCCUGCUCCCUUCCCCCACUCAGGGGUUGGGGAAAACCAAAAAGAUCUGUUCUCCUGCCUAAGACUGUCCCCUGACACCCAUCAGCCUCUUCCUCCACCACCUUCCACCUGGGCCAGGCAAAGAAGGGCAACACUCUUAACCACUGAGCUGAGUAACCACUGCUGGGACACUACCUUGGUGUCUCGGUCUUCCCAUCUAUCAAAAUGGGAAUGUCAAAGGGCAAGAUGGAGAGCACAAGUCACAACACAGAAGUUGUUUUAUACAUUUUGCACAAGAAGCACUGUAGAGACCAGCCUGCUUCCUGCAACCAGUUUAAUGAGUAUGAUUCAUCAGGUUAAGGAUUUUCUAAUAAACUUUUUUUUGGAAACUAA